AAUCCUGGUGAUAACUUGUUCAUCACUGGCCUUUCCAUCAGAACAAGCAGUGCUGAACUAGAAGAACUUUUUAGCAAAUAUGGCAAAGUGCAAAAAGCCGAAGUCAUGUACGACCCACACACCCGUGAAUCCCGCGGUUUUGGAUUCAUUCGUAUGCAAACAGCCGAGGACGCCGAUAGAGCCUUGCAAGCCGUUUCGGGCACCGAAAUUGACGGUCGAACUGUCACCGUGGAAAAGGUACAGUCUUUGAUAAGGAGGUCCGGAAGAGAAACGACAAAAAAUUGA